AUGGAUGGAGCCAAACUGCAGAAGUUUGAUGGAUGGGUUCUUCACACUACCAACGAGGAUGGUGAAAGAGGCGAGGAUGAUGCCAUAGCUCUCCCGAAGGAUUGCAGCAGUGGCCCUGAGGAUGGCGACAGUGACCUUGAGAAUCAUGAUAGUGGCCUGAAUGAUAGUGGAAUGGCCUCAAAGGAUAGCAGUGAUGAAUCACACCAACGUGAACCACUUGGCCAACGCCCUGGCCGCAAGUUGGAGAUCACAUACUUGGUGAUUCCCAACGCCAUUGAGGCCAAUGUUGAGGUCAAGUUAAAGUUGAAAGACCUCGGUUCUAGAAGCCAUGCCGUUUAUGGUAAGAUCAAGGCAAGCGCCACUGACUAUAGGAACAAAAGUGUCCACCUCUUCAGUUGUGAACGAGGGACGAGCUUGUCCUUUCCCUCUGGCUCCACAUCCAUUCUUCCGUUGAGUCCGUCUAUGGUUGCCGUGCCAUGUCGUUGGCACCUCGAACUCCACAUAGAAGUGGACCUGACAGUAAUCGCAACAUGUGAUAGUCAAGAAGAGCAGGUCAAGAAUUUAAAAUUCAGUCUAGAAUUCACCCGUGAAAUUAUGAGUCAAGAAAGAGAAGUGGAUGAUGAUCAAGUUGAAGUGAACAUCAAGUGGUACCCGACUUAUUGA